UUUCGGCUCUUAUGGGAUAAAUUCCAGCUGCAGAGAUGCCAAUGGUCAGAGUAAGGAUGCUGCCGUGCCUCAAGGUGCCACAAACUAUAUUCACCCUCAUAUCAUCUUUAUGUAGUUUGGAUGGGCGACAAGAGCAUGGAAAUCAAGAAGCAAAUCACUGGAAUGAUGAGGCUCCUGGGUGACAAGACUGGCAGAGUCUAUCAGCGUUUGGGUGUCGAGCAGAACAGCUCAACAAAAGAGCCCCAGGAUAGCCAACUGAACUGUGUGCACACACCUCCAAUUUUACCUGUUGUGUCAGAAGACCACCAGUGCCAAAGCUGGAGCUCUCCAGGAGACCCAGAGCCUCCACCCUCAUCUGAAUCAACGUCAAUCCCUAAUGGUCAAGCCUGCAGCCAGUACAGUACCCGCUCCAGGGUGCUCAGGACUGUCAGCACCACAAAGGAUUUAAUAAAACCCAGUGAGACAAAAGAUGAGCUCCGUCCUGCUGUGCCAGAAAUCCCCUGCUGCGUGUGUAACUGUAAAGGCACCUUGCGGGCGAUAUUGCACGAGCUUCGUGCAAUGAGGAGGCUGAUGCAGACUCAGAAAGGAACAUUUGAAAGGCGGGAACACGCUAAGUCAUCAUGCCAGCCUCACAUCAGCCUGAGUUCUUCUCCACUCCGCAUCUCUCAGAAGAGAAGACCUAUUUAUAAGGUGGCUCCACUGAGUCUCUGUGGCACCGGAAGAACGACUCUUUUUUCUACAGGGGGUUCAACUCUGAAAACUUCACUCCCAGAAGCUGCGAAGAAAAAGGAAUGUGAGAAACUCGACUCAUCUAUGAUCUCCUGUGAUGUUUCUGAGCCGCCAUCUAGGAAUGAUCAGAUAGCAGACUCUGGCACACACAGUCCACUUCUGAAUGCACUUGGUGGACAUCAGGUAUUAGAGUCUGAAGUUCGCCUUGCGGAGGAUUAUGAUGUGUUUAUCUCAAAGGCCCAGCUAGACUCCAUUUUGGUCAACUAUACACGCUCUGGCAGCCUGCUGUUUCGGAAGCUGGUGUGUGCCUUUUUUGAUGAUGCUACUUUGGCCAAUUCUCUGCCAAAUGGUAAAAGAAAGCGAGGGCUCAACGACAACCGUAAGGGCUUGGACCAGAACAUUGUGGGUGCUAUUAAAGUAUUCACAGAGAAAUACUGCACUGAACACAGAAUAGAGAAGUUGCCUGGACCACGAGACUGGGUACAGAUCCUUCAAGAUCAGAUCAAACUUGCCAGAAGAAGGCUGAAACGAGAUGCUGCAGAUGCUGAGGAAAACUCAAUUGAACCAUCUACAAGUACUAACAUCACAUGAGUCUGCCCACAAUUGCAUGGCUUUCACACACACAUUUACAGCAGGUGAUGAUGUCACUGCUUUCAUCCAUUUUGUACCUGUAGAUGUUGUUACAAUUACAUAAUGUGUUUGCUCAGACACAUUAUGAGCAAACAACAGCUUUAACUUGAUCUCAUUUACUGUCAUAACACAUCCACAAAUUACUGUUCCUGGUCUCCUUCGUUAACUCACAAGUCUUUGCUAUGUUCUUUCUAUGACAUUUGACAUUUUCAUGCAGCUUUCUAAAAUGUCAGCUAAUUAUGUUCCCAAUAUGCACAAUAUUCCCUCUAUAUUGUACCCAUUGCUUUCCUAGUUUCAGAACUGCUGCUCAUGGUUACACAGAUUUCUUUUUCUGAAAUAUUAUAAAGCAUAUUAAUUUGUUUUUUGUCUUUUCUCUAGAGGGUUUCAUUUUUAACAGGUUUGAAAGUGAUAAGCAGAAAUUGUUAAACAUGACUGAUUUCAUCAGCUGCCACUAUUGCCUGGCAGCAAAUCAGUAUAUCUUUAAUAAGAAUCUGGCUUUAUUCAUUUAUCACCCUCCGUCUUUCCUUUAUACCCGUGAUAAACAAUUUGAACUGCACAACAAAAGGCAACAGAAUGAUCAAAUUUAUCAUCUGCUAUCAAUAAAUUACACAUUGUACAUAUGUGCCUGCUGGAGUUUACAUCAGGGCACAGACUAAACCACCAGGAUCUGGGAUACUGAGUCAUUAUACAGAAGAGAUAAAGAAAACCGAAAAAUGACCUGCAGUUAAAACCAUAGAAAUGAAAAAGAUUUUCAUCUGUUUUUAUGAUGGUGCUAAAAGGGAUAAGACCUGCAAAAUACAAAGUACGUAUAAAAUAUGAUACAUUUAUUGUCCAGAGACUAUAUCUUUUAAGAUGUUCUCUAUUGUGAAUUGUGCCUUUUAAGUGACCAAUACUUCAGUGGGUGUAAUGUGCAGUGCAUCAUCCACCUUGUUUGGAAAACAUAGUACUUAAAUGUGAUGUAUUUUUAGUAAAUUUUUGAAAUUAAAAAUGGACUGAUGGGGUUUCACCCGAAUAAAUGAAUAAAGAUA